CGGACCCCAAAGAGCCCCCCGAAAAGGGCUGGGGGACCCCCGAACCCCCCCCCGACAUGAAGGACCGGACCCAGGAGCUCCGCAGCGCCAAGGACAGCGAUGAUGAGGAGGAGGUCGUCCACGUCGACCGCGACCACUUCAUGGAUGAGUUCUUCGAGCAGGUGGAGGAGAUCCGGGGGUGCAUCGAGAAACUGUCGGAGGAUGUGGAGCAGGUGAAGAAGCAGCACAGCGCCAUCUUGGCCGCCCCCAACCCCGACGAGAAAACGAAGCAGGAGCUCGAGGACCUCACGGCCGACAUCAAGAAAACGGCCAACAAAGUGCGCUCCAAGUUGAAAGCCAUCGAGCAGAGCAUCGAGCAGGAAGAAGGCCUCAACCGCUCCUCUGCCGAUCUCCGUAUCCGGAAAACUCAGCAUUCGACGCUCUCCCGGAAGUUCGUGGAAGUGAUGACGGAGUACAACGCCACUCAAUCCAAAUACCGCGACCGCUGCAAAGACCGAAUCCAACGGCAGUUGGAGAUCACCGGAAGAACGACCACCAACGAGGAGUUGGAGGAUAUGUUGGAGAGCGGGAAGUUGGCCAUCUUCACCGAUGACAUCAAGAUGGACUCUCAGAUGACCAAACAGGCGCUGAACGAGAUCGAAACGCGGCACAAUGAGAUCAUCAAACUGGAGACGAGCAUCCGCGAGCUCCACGACAUGUUCGUCGACAUGGCCAUGCUGGUGGAGAGCCAGGGGGAGAUGAUCGACCGCAUCGAGUACAACGUGGAGCACUCGGUGGAUUACGUGGAGCGCGCGGUGUCCGACACCAAAAAAGCCGUCAAGUACCAAAGCAAAGCGCGACGGAAGAAGAUAAUGAUCAUCAUCUGCUGUGUGGUGUUGGGGGUGGUUUUGGCCUCUUCCAUUGGGGGCACUUUGGGGUUGUAGGGACCCCUCCCCCCUCCCCCCUCCCCCCUCCCCC